AUGGAUUUCGUAUUUGGUAUUCCGCGCGAUUCCAGGCGGAAGACUGGUAUUGUGGUCUUUGUGGACCACUUCAGCAAGAUGGUGCAUCUCGCUGCUGUCGCAGCGGAGGUGACCUCCGUACAGACGGCACGUUUGUUCGUCGACAUGGUGUUCACGCACCAUGGCAUGCCCAACGACUUCGUGUCGGACCGCGAUCCGCGCUUCACGGCGCGUUUCUGGCAAGAAUUCGCCAUCAACAACGCGGUGCAUGCCUCGACUGGGCAUACACCGUUCUUCGUGAAGCGCGGAGCAAGCUUGCUUGCUCCGCGCUUCAUUGGGCCGUUCACAGUGGCAGAACGUCACGGCAACGCAUACACAUUGGAACUUCCUUCCGACAUGAGACUCCACCCAACGUUCUAC